GACUGCGUAGCUCCCGCCAUCUUUCCAGCCGGCUUCCAGGAGACGAACACGUUGCUGGACUAAAAGGAAAAAGGGAACUUUCACCCCGGAUUAUUUGUGUCCAAACAUCCCUUCUCUGUCCGUUUCUUCCGCGCCGAGGAGCCGGAGCCGAAGCGGGCUCCAUGGCAGAUAAAAACACCAGAAUCGCCAUCGUCAACCACGACAAGUGCAAACCCAAGAAAUGUCGUCAGGAGUGCAAGAAGAGCUGCCCCGUGGUCCGCAUGGGGAAGCUGUGCAUCGAGGUGACUCCACAGAGUAAAAUUGCCUGGAUCUCAGAGUCUCUGUGUAUAGGAUGCGGCAUCUGCAUCAAGAAAUGUCCGUUCGGAGCCUUGUCCAUCGUCAACCUGCCCAGUAACCUGGAGAAGGAAACCACCCACAGAUACUGCGCCAACUCCUUCAAACUCCACCGACUUCCCAUCCCGAGGCCCGGUGAGGUUCUGGGGCUGGUCGGGACCAACGGGAUCGGGAAGUCCACGGCCCUGAAGAUCCUGGCCGGGAAACAGAAGCCCAACCUGGGCAAAUACGACAAUCCUCCAGACUGGCAGGAGAUCCUGACCUACUUCAGAGGCUCCGAGCUCCAGAACUACUUCACCAAGAUCCUGGAGGACGACCUGAGGGCCAUCGUCAAGCCCCAGUACGUGGACCAGAUCCCCAAGACCGUCAAGGGGUCAGUAGGGGCCAUUCUGAGCAGGAAAGACGACACAGAGACUCAGGACAUCGUCUGCCAACAGCUGGAUCUGACUCACCUGCGUGAGAGGAACGUGGAGGAUUUAUCUGGAGGAGAGCUGCAGCGGUUCGCCUGCGCCGUUGUUUGCAUCCAGAGGGCCGACAUUUUCAUGUUCGACGAGCCGUCCAGUUAUUUGGAUGUAAAACAGAGGCUGAAGGCGGCCAUCACCAUCCGCUCGCUCAUCACCCCGGACAGGUACAUCAUCGUGGUGGAGCACGACCUGAGUGUGUUGGACUACCUGUCCGACUUCAUCUGCUGCCUGUACGGCGUCCCGAGCGCCUAUGGCGUCGUCACCAUGCCCUUCAGCGUCCGGGAAGGCAUCAACAUCUUCCUGGACGGUUACGUUCCCACCGAGAAUCUCAGGUUUCGUGAGACCUCGCUGGUCUUCAAGGUUGCUGAGACGGCCAAUGAGGAGGAAGUGAAGAGACUCCGGCACUACCAGUAUCCAGAAAUGAAGAAGACGAUGGGCGAGUUCACGCUGGAGAUCAAAGGAGGAGAAUUCACAGACUCUGAGAUCAUGGUGAUGUUGGGCGAGAACGGGACAGGGAAGACAACGUUCAUCAGGAUGUUGGCUGGAGGACUCAAAUCUGACAGUGGAGGUGAAGUUCCAAUCCUGAACGUCAGCUACAAACCUCAGACCAUCAGCCCCAAGUUUAAGGGCAGUGUCAGAGCUUUGCUCCAUGAGAAGAUCAGAGAUGCCUACACUCACCCUCAGUUCAUCACUGACGUCAUGAAGCCGAUGCAGAUUGAGAGCAUCAUCGACCAGGAUGUACAGAACCUGUCCGGUGGAGAGCUCCAGAGAGUCGCCCUCACCUUGUGUUUGGGGAAACCAGCCGACGUUUAUCUGAUCGAUGAACCCUCGGCUUAUCUGGACUCUGAGCAGAGGUUGAUGGCUGCCAGGGUCAUCAAGAGAUACAUCCUUCACGCCAAGAAGACGGCGUUUGUGGUGGAACACGACUUCAUCAUGGCCACGUAUUUGGCCGACAGGGUCAUCGUGUUCGACGGGAUUCCCUCCAGACACACGGCGGCCAACACGCCUCAGAGUCUACUCGCCGGCAUGAAUCGCUUCCUGUCUCUGCUGGAAAUCACCUUCAGGAGAGACCCCAACAACUUCAGGCCCAGAAUCAACAAGCUCAACUCCAUCAAGGACACGGAACAGAAGAAGAGCGGGAACUAUUUCUUCCUGGACGACUAAGAAUUCGCUUCAUGUGACCGACUGCGACUUCCUCCACCCUCAGAGCGAAGCCUCCACCCACCGGGCUACGUUCAUGCUAAACGCCAGACGUCUCUUUUUAACCCCUAAGAGAACGAGAUAAAUGAAUAAAUGAAUAAAUCACAGCAAACCGCCGGCCUCCAUGUACCAGGCUGCGUUCAAUAGCCAGCAACGUUGUGACAUGUUUAAAGUUCAUACAUUUGCAUCCAGCGUCCUGAACGUGCCGGGGCUCAAUUCACAUCGUGGAGCGUAUUUUAACACUCAUGCAUUUACAACAACAAGAGAUAAUAAACUGAUGCUUCCUGAACCAGGA